AUGACGCCGAAGCCACGACAUGAAGUGCAGCGCUCCGUUAAAAAGGCAAAACCAACCGUGAAUGUGCUACAGAGAAAACAGAUCUCUGAGUACCUUUCUUCCACCUUUAAACAACAAAUAAACACGAUAUGGCAAAGCAAGGCAAGCUUCACAUGCUAUAAGCCUCUCCCAGGUAGUGCCUGGGAAGCCCUCGUUCAGUUUUUGCAGCUCUGUGGCCAAAUGAGUCGGGUGCCGCGGACGGGGUGGGUGUACAGGAACGUGGCGAGGCCGGAGAGCGUGUCCGAUCACAUGUACAGGAUGGCGAUGAUGGCCCUGGUGACCGAGGACAAGAGCCUCAACAAGGACAGAUGCAUACGAUUAGCUUUGGUUCACGACAUGGCCGAGUGCAUUGUUGGAGAUAUUGCUCCUGCAGAUAAUGUCUCGAAAGAGGAGAAACACAGGAGAGAAGAGGCAGCUAUGCAACAACUGACCCAGCUUCUAUCAGAGGACCUCAGGAAAGAAAUCUAUGAACUCUGGGAAGAAUAUGAAAACCAGCGUACUGCAGAAGCCAAGUUUGUAAAACAGUUGGAUCAGUGUGAGAUGAUACUGCAGGCAUUUGAGUACGAAGAGUUGGAAAACACACCUGGCAGACUGCAGGAUUUUUAUGAUUCAACUGCUGGAAAGUUUGUUCACCCAGAAAUACUCCAGCUUGUAUCUCUGAUUAACACAGAAAGGAAUAAAAAAAUAGCUGCUGCAUCUCACCCACAUGCCUGAGGUGUUCCUAAACUCUGUAGCUAUAAUAAAUAUUUUGUUUUACGUUCUGUGCAUU